AGCAACCGAGAGCAUUCAACACUAAAGUCUCGAAGAUCUCGCCGCCGAUCACGGUGAUGUGCGAUUGUACGAUACACAAUUGGUUAUUUGUGAUGGGAAAGUAAAGCAAAGUGAGCAAAAGUUCAACAAAAAGCAGCUGAAUUGAAAAAUUGUGGAAAAUGCUUUCAAAUUUGAACAUAUGUACAUACAACGAAGCGGUAUGUACCGCUGAGGUAGUGGUAGUUAGUUUCUGUAUUGGCGAUCGUAAACAACGCACGACAUCGUCGCGCAAUCAAUAAUUUAAGCGGAGCAACGGAAGACGACGCUGCCUACCGAAAUAGCUACCCGCACUUGCGCGCCACAGCGGUAACAACACCUCGGAGGACGCGGGUGAACGAUUCAGCUAUUAGUUCGCGUUUAAUUGUGGCCGCACAGCUUGGUCCGUCGGGUAGUACAUACAAACUUAUGCACAUUGAUGUGUUUACUCGAGCAUUCUCGUAAACUAAACGAUCAAAUAAAAAUACUCUGAAUAUUUUUACGUCGAGCUCAGAGCAAAGAAGACGCACUAUAAUUUUCAAAAAUUGAUAUUUUGCUUCAAAUAAGGAAAAAAAACUAAAUGAAACGAGAAUAAAGUUAUUUGACGCGCAGACAAAAAAAAACAAGGGUUAGCAUUCGUUAUGAAGGCGCGACGCCACACCACAACGCACACUCAAACGUAAUUCGCGUAAAUCAUUCGUGCGUGCUAAGUGAUUUGAGACGAAAAUAAUUGAAAAUUUGCUAAUUUAAGAAAAUCUAGAAAGGAGAUAAUUACAAACGAGUGCAAAUUGUUAAGUGUUCUUCAACACACCGCUCGAAAAGAAACCUACUCUCUCCCUCUUCUUCGCGCCAUUGUCACAAAAGCUUAAAAAGGAAAUAAAGCAAAGACUACAAGCAUCAACUCUAUAAAAACCCUCAUCCAACAAAAAUGGAUUUCAUUUCAAAUUUAAUAAAGCGGCCAAUAAGUUUGGUGCGCAGCGAUUCUCAGCCCUCAACGCCAACAGAUCAAGGACAAAUAUCACAACCAUCAUCGCGUCCUACAACACCACACCACUCACAUUCACCACUACUACCCUUUGAUCGGACCACCACGCCGGAAUCACGACAGCAGCAUAUUGCAAAUGCAUUGAAUGGUUGCCUAGUGGCAUCCGAUAUAAUGGAUACUUUGAAUAAACGUGACGAAUUCCGUCCCAUUGCAGCAGCGGCGGCAAGUCGGGCCUCUCCACCAAUUAGUCGACAAUCUCCUAUUCAGCCAAUUUCGCGUUCAUUGCAAACCAGCUCGAGCAGUAGUAAUGACAAUGGAUGUGGUGCAAAUUCACUACCAACUACAACGACAACAACCGGCAACACAAUCGAAGAAUUGCUCAUACAAAUCAAUAAUAAUUUAAGCAAGGGUGAUCUACAUGCUACCGCUGCUGAAUUGAGUCAGCAACACUUGCCUAAUCGUCCGCUAUCAGCAUCGCCAUCGGCAUUGACGCAGGCAUUGUCAUCGGAG